CCUCGACAACAAUGGGCGGCGGAGUAGAAAAAUCGUUCGCCUCAACGGCGGCCGGAGAUAUCACCACUCCAAAAGAUAAAGAAGAAGAUGUAAGCUUGACUGACUUAAAGAAAAGAAUGGCCGAUUUCGCAAAGGAAAGAGAUUGGGAUCAGUUUCAUAGUCCACGAAAUCUCCUCCUCGCACUGGUGGGGGAAGUGGGAGAGUUAUCGGAGAUAUUUCAAUGGAAAGGCGAGGUACCAAAAGGGCUUCCGGAUUGGAAAGAUGAAGAAAAAGAACAUCUCGGGGAGGAAUUAUCAGAUGUGUUGUUAUAUCUAAUCAGGCUAUCAGAUAUUUGUGGUAUUGAUCUUGGGAAAGCUGCACUUAGAAAACUGCAAGUCAACGCCAUUAAGUACCCGGUCAACCUUUGCAAGGGAUCUUCCAAAAAACAUAAUCAAAUCGUAAACACCUCUUUUCCGGCCACCACUAGCAAUGGUAGCGGCAGCGUCGAGGAUGGUGUUGGUGUCUCUCAUGAUGGUGUUUGA